CGCAUUUAGCAUAGAAUAAGGUGACCGGAUACAUUGCAAUUCCAAAUGACUAACUUCAGACCACAUUCGGAAAGUACCUACUGUAGUAUGCCGGGAGAGAAAGUUUAUAAUCAUACAAGUCGCUGGCAAUGGAUAUGUCAUCAUAUGGCGCUAAGAGGGUGCCUACAAUAUGUACUCAAACGUCUGUUCUACGUGUACCUCAUCAGCGCAUGCUUAGUAUUCCUGGUAUUCUAUAGACAACAAUAUAUACAACUGGGAGAGUAUUUUAAAUCAGCAAGUAAUUCGGAUGAAGAGAUUUUCACAAACGGCGGCUUUAAGGGAAAAAUCUACCCCGAGAGGGGUAUUUACCGAACUGGAUUUGGUGAUGGGAUAAAUGAACCGCCUUUGUCUGACUCACCAACUGGCAAAUAUAGAAAAGCAGCUGUAGCAACGGAUCACCACAUUUGCUCGGCUGUUGGAACAGACAUCUUGGAAAAGGAUGGCGGCUCUUCGGUUGAUGCAGCGAUUGCCACUUCGCUUUGUCUUGGGGUAGUGAACCCGCAGAGUACGGGGAUUGGGGGAGGACCUAUUGUGACACUUUACGACAGCAAAGAGAAACAGGCGUUUUCUCUGACGUGUCGAGCAGAGACCCCUGCUGCGGCAUACCCCGUGCUAUUUCAAAAUUACGUCAAUCAAGAGAAACGCUGUAGGAUAUCAGUACCAAGCAACGGCAGUGAUGCAGGCAUAAAUAUUGGAGUUCCUGGUGAAAUUGCUUGUUACAAGGAAUUGCACGACCGCUAUGGGCGGUUACCAUGGAAACAUUUGUUUGGUCCGACAAUUAAAUUGUGCAAAGAUGGCUUCCCAAUCGAAUGGUCCUUGGCAACAAGCAUACAAGACAAGGGUGCCGAGAUUUUGAACCUACCAGGAUUGCGAAAUUUGUACACAGAUCCCUCUACUGGUGAACUUAAAAAAGAGGGAGAUCUCCUACAAAUGCCCAAGUAUGCUGAAACACUUGAACUCAUCGCUGAACAAGGUCCAGACGUGUUCUACCAAGGGGAACUGGCUGACACUAUGGUAGAGGAAAUUCAAGCGGCAGGUGGGGUUCUAACAGCAGACGAUCUGAAGAGGUACAAAGUAGAAAUGAAACCAGCUUUACAUACGAUCUUGAGAAAUGGCGGCCAUACUGUGUUCGGAGCACAUCCCCCUUCCGGGAGCCUCGGCAUCAUGCAUAUUCUGAAAAUAUUAGACGGAUAUGGUUUCACAGAAGAGGACUUAAAAACUACCGACAGAGCAGUUCUAAUGUUACACAGAACCAUAGAGGCCUCCAGAUUUACGUUCCCAAAGACGAAACGACUUUUUGAUGACCGAUUCGAGAGCAAUGAAGAGCUGGUGCAAGAUCUUCUAUCCGAUGAGUAUGCAGAUCAAGUCAGAUCCAAGAUAUCCGACGAAGGUAUACGCUCACAAGAAUUCUACGGCAAAACUCUUCCUGGGGUUGAACCUCAAGGGACAACACAUCUCUCUGUUCUUGGUGACGACGGUAUAGCGGUAGCUAUCUCAGCGACCAUUACUCAAGUGUUUGGUUCCAAGAUAUUAGGAGAAAAAACAGGAAUUCUUUACAAUAGCGCUUUGGUUGACUUUUCACUUCCUGGUGCCAAGGCCAAAAAUGGAGAGCCAUGUGAACCGGCGUCCGCACUGUCACCAGGGAAACGACCUGUGACGCAGAUGUGUCCAACAAUUAUUGUUGAUAGUGACGGCGUCAUAAGUCACGUGAUUGGCGGGUCGGGGGGAGCAAAACUAACACCAGCUGUUAUAAAUACUAUCGUCAGGAACCUUUGGCUCGGACAAACUAUACAAGAAGCCAUUGAGUACCCAAGAAUAAUCGUUUUAAAUAGAAGGAAAUAUAUAUACAUAGAAAAAUCAAUGCCUAAGAAAUACAUAGACGGUCUAAUAAAGAAAGGACACACUAUAACAAUCCAAGAUACCGCAUCUGCGGCAUGCCAGGCUAUACAUAACACUAAAAAUGGGACACAUCCGAUACAUGCAUAUUCAGACUUUAGGAAAGAUGGACUGGCAAAUGGAUACUAGUUCGAUGCACAUGCGCUAAACAUGUUUUGUCAAAGAUACUAUAACAUAGGAACUACCUAUGCUACUUGCGCAUGAUUUUGGUACAUGUAAAUUGGAGUAUUACAAGAAUUGACUGGCUACUAUCCAAACCUUCAGUUACAUUUGCCUCGGCGACCGUACGUGUGAAAUGUUAAUAACUCCAAGUAAUACUUUCUACGGUGACUCUAUGUCCUAUAAAAACUGGAUAUCCUUCGGGGACCUCAAUGCGACUGUAAGGCGGUCGUAGUUUUCCUACGGUUGCCGCAGAAAUUUACUGAUUUCAGGAAAUUACGGUCAACGUGCGGUCGCUGUGAGCAACUGUGACUGGGGCUGGAAUCAUUGCGCUUUUGAUAAUAAUUGCUAUAAAAUUAAAUCAAGUUUUGUAUUAUACAACAAAAUAAAGCGAUGUGAGAGAACAACCUCCAUAAUCAUAUAUUAUAUCACAUAUAAAAUAAGGAAUUCAUGCUAUUUUAGAGAAUGCAUUUUAUAGUUAGGUCAUCAAUUGAAAUUGAUGACAGUGUCCACUGAGUGAAGUCUGAGUACUGUGAAUACAUUUUAUACUUGUG